AUGAACUUAUUAGCUCAAGCAAGGUUAUUCCCUACAAUUCGGAAAGGAUUUCACGUCACUCCGUCCUAUCGUUAUUACAUUGAAGGGUCACUCGAACCUUUUGCACCAGUCCCGGGUCGAUUUCCUCAGUGGGCGACAACUGCGGAGGCGGCUUUCGGUCACUUAAAGGAUGGCGCAAAGGUUUUCGUCCAUGGAGGCGCUGCUACACCUACCUUACUUGUUAAUGAAUUGCAUAACUAUGUUAUGAGUAAUAAUAUUAAGGAUGUGCAACUUCUUCACAUUCACACUGAGGGUCCAUUUCCUUUCAAUGAUCCCGAAUGUGUAGGUCAUUUUAGAACGAAUUCUCUCUUUACGGGUGCUAACUGCCGACAAGCUAUUAAUGAAGGUCGGGCGGAUUUCACUCCAAUCUUCUUGAGUGAAAUUCCUCUUCUAUUUCGUCGAAAACACAUUGAGUUGGAUCUUGCUAUCAUAAGUGUCACUCCACCUGAUAAACAUGGAUUUUGCUCACUCGGUCCCAGUGUUGACGUCACUAGAUCUGCUAUUCAAAAUGCCAAAUUCAUUGUUGGUCAAGUUAACCCUCAUAUGCCGCUUACUCGCGGAGAUGCUAGCAUUCAUGUUAGUAAUAUUGGAAUUUUGAUGCAUGGUCCCCAGCCUCUCCAUGAACUUAAAGCUAGAAAAAUUAGUGAAAUCGAACAGCGAAUUGGAAAGUAUAUUGCUGAGGAUCUGGUACCUGAUGGGGCUACAAUGCAAAUGGGCAUUGGAUCUAUUCCCGAUGCAGUGCUCUCACAGCUCACUUACCAUCAGCAUCUGGGUGUCCAUACGGAAAUGUUCUCCGAUCGAUUGGUUGAUUUAGUCAAACUGGGUGUAAUUACCAACUCCAUGAAAAAGAUGCGUCCAGGCAAGAUUGUCACAAGCUUCGUGAUUGGAACUAAAAAGUCCUUCGAUUUUCUGGACAACAACCCAUUCGUUGACAUGUGUGAUAUCGCUUGGGUUAAUUCACCAGUCAUUAUUGCCCAGAAUCCGCGUCCCAUGGCUAUCAACUCAUGCAUUGAAGUGGACAUUACGGGGCAAGUUGUGUCCGAUUCUAUUGGCUCAAAAAUCUAUUCUGGUGUUGGUGGUCAAGUGGACUUCAUUCGAGGCUCUGCUAUUUCCAUAGACGGGGAGGGCAAGCCAAUCAUCGCGUUGCCCUCAGUGACCGCAAAGGGUGAGUCCAAGAUUGUGCCCUACUUGAAGGAGGGUGGAGGUAUCGUCACAACUCGGGCUCACGUCCACUACAUCGUUACUGAGUACGGAAUCGCAUACCUCUUCGGCAAGAAUCUUCGUCAGCGGGCCUACGCGCUCAUCAACAUUGCACAUCCUGACCAUCGGGAGUCUCUUGAGAAGGCCGCCUACGAAAGGCUCAAAGUCAUGCCCUCUCCAGAAUAG